AUGAUUCAAGAUUGCGGCGAUGGUCAUUUGUUACCAAGCUGUUGUAUUUACUGGGUGCCUAUUAGGCUUCGUCAUCUUAAACCAGAGUCUUAUACGCCAAAAGUUGUUUUGAUUGGCCCCUUUCAAUAUGGUAAUGAAAGGUUGCAAGGCAUGGAAAGGCAUAAACAAAUAUUGUUCAAAGGAUUUAGUCAAAGAGCUAUCUCAAGCUUGGAUGAUUUGGUUCAUCUUGCUAAACAUUUAGAGCCAAAAGUCCGUGCUUCAUAUUCAGAAAGCAUAAACUUUACUGAGCAAGAACUUGUGAAACUGACAUUAAUGGAUGCCGGCUUUAUCAUUGAACUCUUCAUUAUGUCCUAUGAGAUGGAUGAGUUGCACAACGAUGCUAAAUUGUCACUGAAAUGGUUACUGGGUUCUAUACUUCAUGAUUUGCUUUUAUUUCAGAAUCAACUUCCAUUCUUUGUUAUUGAAGAGUUGUUCAAUAAAUCUUUCCCUCUAACCGUCGUAGUUGUUUGCCCCGCAAGCAUAAAGUUGAAGGCUAACAAGAGCAAAUGCUUAUUGGCCUUGAAAUUUUCAAGACAAGUUCUUAAAAUUCCCCAAACUUCGGUGGAUGAUGAAACUGAGCUCUUGUUUCAUAAUAUGAUAGCAUUAGAACAAUGUCAUUAUCCUUAUAAGUCUUACAUUACUAACUAUGCUAUUAUAUUAGAUCGUCUAAUAGACACAUAUAAAGAUGCAGAUCUUCUCAUUCGCAACAAAAUCAUCAACAACCAUUUAGGUCAUUCCAAUAAAGUUGCUUUAUUAUUUAAUGGACUUUGGGAAUGUCACUCAAUUGAAUUUCAAUUGUGAAUACCUUGAUAUGUGCCAAAGGUUGAGUGGGUAUUGUGAAGAUCGUUGG